AUGUCAACAGAAAAAUCACCAAGUGGCGAACAAUCAACUGAAACUGAACGACAAGGUACUGCUGGUACUGUUGGUGAAUUAGUAACACAAAAUCAAACAGGAGGUACUGCUGGACAAACGUUACCAACAGCAACAUCAAGUUUAUUCAUUAUGAAUAGUCAAGAACAUGAUAUUAAAGAUAUAGUUGAUUUACCAUCUGUGAUACAAAAUAAAUUGAUUUCAUAUGAUAAAUUUCUAUCAUAUAUCUUAUCAACAUGUUCAUUUAUUAAAUAUGGUUAUGCAACUGAUUUUCUGUUAGAUUUUACAACUGAUAGAGAAUUCAAUAAACAUAAGUUAUGGUUUGCUAUUAAUCAUCGUGAUAAUCUUAAGUCAAUUAUUAUUGAUAAUAUUAAUCGAAAUUUAUUAGGACUUGGUACUGAUUAUACUAAUUAUGAAGAAGAAGUUAUUAUGAAACAUAAGUUCAAUUUUAAACUGGAUUCAUUCCAUUUAAUAUUGGUUUUCAAUUAUAAGAUGAUAAUAUCACUUGAUGCAAAAUUUAUUUUCAUAAGUUAUCGUGAUUGCUUUAGAAAAAGUAAUAUUAAACUUUAUAAUAACCAACUUGCAUCAUUAACCAUAACAAGUAAUAUGCGUGGUAUAUUUGAUAUUGAAAGUUUAGUAACUUAUGAACAUCAUUCAUUAAAAUAUUCAGCAUCAUAUAAUUAUUAUGCAACUGAAUUAUAUACUACAAGACCAGAAUCAAUAACAUAUAUUCCAGGUUAUUCAACUCCAAAACCAUAUAAUAAAUAUUUAAAACCAAUUGAAAUAUGUGUUAAUCCUGAAAGAUGUAGCUUAGUUGGUCUACAUCCACCUAGUGGUUUGCCUGUAGGUGUACAAAAAUCUACCAGUAUGGAUUUCUUACGUAGAUUACCAUCUCCAGGUACUCUUAAUGAUUCUACUAGAAGGGUAAUUUCACCAUUAGGCUAG